AGCUCCGCCCCAGCAGGAACAGCUUGUCGACCGGCUUCCCAUCCGCCCCAGAAAACAUUGUCCCAUCUCGGCGAGCAGCGUCCCUGCAAACCUGCUGCGGGCUCGGUGGCAGCCUCUACGAUGCCACACUCGUGCAGGCUGGUGGUCUACGUGCUGCUGGGGCUGGGGUCCCUGCUGGUGGGGGGGCUGCCCCCGCCCUGCCCCCCCACCUGCCAGUGCUACGACACCUCCAAAGUCUUCUGCUCGGAGGAGAAGAUGCGGGAGAUCCCGGCGGGCCUGCCAGGGAAUGCCACCCAGCUCUUCUUCGUGGAGACAGCCCUGAGCAGCAUCCGCAGCGGGGCUCUAGGCUCCAGCACCACCCUCACCAAGCUGGUCUUCCUCAACAAUGACAUCCAGGAGCUGGAGGCUGGUGUGUUUCGAGGGCUGCCCAGCCUCACUGAGCUGGAGGUGUCAGGCAACCCCUUGCCAGCAGUCAGCCCGGGGGUGCUGGUGGGGCUGCCCAGCCUCAGCAAGCUCUCCCUGGGUGCCAACGCUCUCCGCUCCCUGCAGCCGGGGCUCUUCGCUGCUGCCUGCUGCCUGCAGGACCUGCGCUUGCCGGGGAACAAGAUCGAGGCACUGCCCCCCGGCAUCUUCCGCCCGCUCCGGCGCCUCCAGACCCUGGACCUCUCGCAGAACGCCCUGGCCGAGCUGCCGGCUGGGCUGCUGGCCCCCCUCACCACCCUCCGCCUCCUCAAGCUCAGUGACAACCUGCUGGCACGGGUGCCCCCUGGCACUUUUGGGGCACUGGGCCGGCUGGCCGAGCUCCACCUGGAUGGUAACCGGCUGGAGGAGCUGCCGGCCAGCACCUUCACCGGGCUGGAGGGGCUGCGGCGGCUGCAGCUGCAGCACAAUGCCCUGGGCAGCCUGGCCCCCGACAUCUUUGCCGGUCUCCUCAACCUCACCGUCCUCAGCCUGGAGGGCAACCGCCUGGCCAGCCUGCCCGCCACCCUCUUCACCAGCACCCCUCGCCUCCUCCACCUCUCACUGGCUCGCAACCAGCUGGAGACGCUGCCCCAGCGGCUCUUCGCCAACCUGUCGGCACUGCAGACCCUGGUGCUCUCGCACAAUGCCAUGGUCCGCCUCCCCGCCGGGGUUUUCCAGGGCCUGGCGGGGCUGGCGGUGCUGCAGCUGAACCACAACAACCUCUCCAGCCUGCCGGCUGGGCUGCUGGCCGGGCUGCCCCUCCUCACCGCCCUGGCGCUGGACCACAACCGCCUGGCCCGCCUGCCCCGGGGGCUCUUCGAUGCCAACGAGGAGCUGGUGCGUGUGGGGCUGGCUGACAACCCCUGGGCCUGCGACUGCCGCCUUGCCUAUCUUCUGGGCUGGCUCCAGGGCUUUGCCGAGCCCCUCAUCCAUGCGCACGCCUCCUGCGCCAGCCCGGCUGCUCUCCAGGGACGGUCCCUGCUGGAGGUCCCCCAGGGGCAGCUGGAGUGCCCGGGAGCGCCUGGCGUUCCCCCGGAGGAGGGCUGGGAUGGGGAGCCAGGGGAGGAUGCUCCGGGGCAGUGCACCUACAGCAACCCCGAGGGCACGGUAAGCAUGGCCUGCAAUGCCACGAGCUGCCAGCAGCUCAGCCUUCACCUCCCUCCUCCUCCUCCUCCCCCCGGGCAGGUGUUGGGGCCGGGGCUGACGUACCAGGGUGCCUGGGUGCUGCGCUCCCGCUGUGGCAUGCUGCAGGUCAGCAUCCUUGUCACGGCACAGAGUGGGGAUGAGGCCACAUCGCCAGGUCUCCCCGCUGCAGCUGGCCAGGUGAUGGGACACCCCUCUGGUGGCCUCGCUCCUCGCAUGGCACGGCUCGCUCCCGCGGCUGGACUCGUUCGCAAGCACUCAGCCAAGACAAUGUACCAGCAUUUCCUUUUCCUUUUCUUCCUCUCCUUCCAUCUCCACAAAUGCCAAGAUCAAAUCCUGGGUGAAGAUCCAUAUGAAAUACCCAAAGACUACCAGGAGGUCUACAGAGGGACAAAAAAUGAUGUCAAAGAGAUCCCAAAGAUUGCAAAGCCCUUCAUUUCUGAGAUGAUCUUUGUGCAAACCAGCAUCACUGCUAUAAGGAAAGGUGCCUUCAGGUACAUGCCUAAUCUGAUCAAGAUUUUGUUUAUUGGCAACAAGAUCACGACAGUUGAACCUGGAGCCUUUGAUAAUUUGGACAAGCUGAGGGACUUGGACAUCUCUGGUGCCUCGUUAGAAGAACUAGCUGUGGGCACUUUCCAAAACCUCCCAAGCUUGCAGAGGCUGGAGCUGAGAGACAGCCACCUCAGAUACAUCCCCAAAGGCCUGUUUGAUGGGCUGGAAAAUUUGGGAGAGCUCUCCCUGCACAUCAAUGCAAUCCCUUCUCUUCCAGAAGGCAUUUUUGAUUCUCUCGUCAAUCUAACAUUUUUGGACCUGGCUAGAAACAGGAUCGUGACUCUUCCUGGGGAUGCCUUUAGCAAACUCCCCCGACUGCAAGUCCUCCAGCUGUAUGAGAAUGAGUUGCAGGACCUCCCAGAGGGGUUGCUAGACAGUCAGCCAGGGCUGCUGGAGCUCAGCCUCCAGAGGAACAGGCUCAGGGCGCUGCCACCCAUGCUCCUGAGGAGCCUGCCUCACCUGGAGAAACUCUUCUUGGACAAUAACCUCAUCAGGGUUCUCCCACCUCAGGGCUUUUUUGGUUUAAACAAAUUGAAGCUGCUGACUCUGGGUUCAAACCACAUUACGGAGCUCCCCUGCUGCCUUUUUGACACCAUGCCACACCUGCGGGAGCUGGACCUGGGCAGGAACAGUUUGGCCACACUUCCAGAUGGCAUCUUUGUCAACCUCACAUCUCUUGGCAAACUCAUCUUGUCCCACAACCAACUAGCAGCCCUGCCAAGAGGAGCCUUCACCGGGCUCAGCAAGCUCUCAGACCUCCAGCUGGACACAAAUCAGCUCUCUGCUCUGGAUGGUAAGGUCUUUGCUUCUCUCUCAAAUCUGAAAACCCUCAGCCUUCGGAAGAACCAGCUGGAGAGUGUCCCCCGAGGGCUCCUGGACCCCCUGAAGAAGCUCAGCUCAGUGUAUCUGAGUGGGAACCCAUGGAGAUGUGACUGCAACCUCUGCUACCUGCACAGCUGGAUCCUGGGCAACAGUGAGAAGGUCAAAUUGUCCACCCAAGUGUCAUGCAAGAGUCCACCACACCUGGCAGGGCAAGCAGUGACAUCACUGAGGGACGACCACUUAAUUUGCCCAGCUACUCUGCCUCUUUCACCUUCUUUUACCCCAUCUCUGCUAUUCACCUCCACAUCAUCACAAGGGAUGUCAACCUUGCUGUCACCUGGAGCCUUGCCCACUGCAGUGCCAACCAUGCUGUCAUUGGCAGCCUUUCCCAUCAUGGCACUGCCAACGAUGCUGUCACCUGUGGCCACCUCUGCCAUGUUGCCAACCAUGCCAACGGAGGCCUUCUUCACCGCUCCAUCACCAACCAUGCCAUCUAAGGCCUUCGUCACCAUCCCAUCACCAGCUGUGCUGCCGAAGGCCUUCAUCGCCACCCCAUCACCAACUGUGCUGCCAAAGGCCUCCAUCACCACACCAUCAUCAACCAUGCUGCCAAAGGCCUCCAUCACUACCCCGCCAUCAGUUGUGCCGCCUGAGGUCUCCAUCACCACCCCAUCACCAACUGUGCUGCCUGAGACCUCCAUCAACACACCAUCACCAACUGUGCUGCCAAAGGCCUCCAUUGCCACACCAUCACCAAGUGUGCUGCCCAAGGCUUCCAUCGCCACCCCAUCGCCAGCUGUGCCACGGGAGGCCUUCAGCCUGUGUCCAACUCCAGCCAUCAUAAGCCUACAGCCUCCUGGGGCCACCAGCCCAGAGCCUGCACUGUCCACUCUAGCUUCUGCCACCACACCGGUGCCAACCAGCCCGCUGGCAGCCACCACCAGACAAGUGCCUCCUGCUCUUCUGGUGCCCACAGAGAGACCAGCCACCAUCCCAUGGGGGACACGCAGCAUCUCCCUUGUCUCAGCCCCCUCCAUGGCACUCUGGCCACCCCCCAGGGCUACUGCGCCAGGCAUGAUGCCACCGGCCUCACGCUCCCCGUCCCACCAUGCACCUGCGCCAGGCAGGGAGCGGGACCGUGCCACCGCGUGGGGCUUGUCCACGAUUGGCACCCAGCCGGCUCCCACUGCCCCCCAAACCGCUCCCACCCCUGCAGGCACCAUCCUGCUCCCGACGCCUCCCGUCCCCCCGCCGCCAGACCAUACGAGCCCCUGGCCGGCCUCCCCACCCCUGGCCCCCAGCGGCCGUCACGCCUGGGGCUUCGCCCUGCGGCCCAGCCCACGGCACUGCCGGGUCUCCCUGGCCCUGGGCCUGGCCGCGCUGGCGCUGCAGGCAGGCUGCGUGCUGCUAUGGGGGAUGCUCGCCCUGCUCCUUCACCGAGCCACCCUCCGCCGGGGCCGCCCCGUGCCGCCGGUGAGGCUGCUGAGUCUCCAAGCCCUGGCUGCCCCGGGGCCCCCUGAGCAAGCCCAGGCACCGCUUUGAGCUUCGCUGCCCCUGCAUGACCUGGGCAAUACCCAUCGUCCUCCUUUGGGGCCUGGAGCCGUGCUGGCCACGGGGUGCAUAUAUCAUGGGGUGCAGAUCGUCGCCCAGGGAUGGGUGUCCCAGCGCCCAGGCUGUUUUGGGGUGCCUCCCAGCUGGCCCCUGGAGAUGCCGUGAGCCUGGGGAGCCUAUGCGCGGCGUCACUGCCUGACAAGCCCUUCUGCCAAGCGACACUAGAUGGCAUCCCGACACAGGCGGUGGCUGCCACC